AUGGCGGAGCAUUGGCCUCAUUUUCCAUUCAUUCCCUAUCCGCCGUCCAAGGCUGGAUAUUGGAGUCCGGUGACAUCGACCUUGAACUGGUGUGAAGAGGAUUACUAUGCCACGCCUUACUCCGCAGAGAUUGUGAACUCGUUGACGAACCUUUUGUUCAUGUUACUGGGUAUCAAGGGCAUCUUAAAUGUUCGCAAACAUGGCCACGACAGGGUGUUUGAGAUUGCUUUCUAUGGAUACCUGCUUGUUGGAACGGGCAGUUUUCUGUUCCAUUCGACUUUGAAGUAUCCCAUGCAAUUGGUCGAUGAACUCUCCAUGAUCUAUACGACCUGCCUCAUGUGCUACGCUUCCUUUUCAUACUCGCGAUCAUCACCAGUGAAAAUCUUCCUUGCCGUGGCGCUCGCCGGACUCGCGGUAUUCAUUACACUAUACUAUCACUACCUACAGGACCCCGUCUUCCACCAGAAUGCCUACGCACUCCUCACCACUGUUGUCGUGCUCCGAAGCAUGUACACCAUGGAAGUCGCCCUGCGCCCGAAAUGGCGCAAGUCCCGCGAAGAAGAUCGUCUCGCUCGGGAGAGACAAGGUCUCCCGGUGCCCAGUAAGGAGAGACAAGAAUAUGAGAAUGCACGUGAUCUCAAGAUUCUCAAUACAAUGUGGUUCAUGGUUGUUUAUGGUCUGAGCAUGUUCCUUGGUGGUUUCGGAAUCUGGAACUUGGAUAAUUUCUUCUGCAGCACAUUGCGGAGCUGGAGACAGCAGAUUGGUCUACCGUGGGGUAUUUUGCUUGAGGGCCAUGGUUGGUGGCAUCUGAUGACCGGAAUCGGCGCAUACCUCUACAUCGUCUGGGGAAUCUGGCUACGACACGUCUUGAACAAAGAACAAGAUGAAUACACUCUUAUAUGGCCGCAUACAUGGAACUUUCCCGAAAUUAUCCGCAAACCAGGUGUUCCCUCGAAAAAGACGGAAUAG